UCCCUAGGCGGCGGCGGGGGCGCGCUCCCUUCUCCGCUCCUCCUUCUCUCGCUCUCUCCUUCCUCGGCUGGUUGGGGGGCUGGGUGCUCCGGAGAGAGACGCCGCUCCUCUCCAGCCCCGAGCGGCCCGAUCGAACGUCCGGCCGCCUCUUCCUCUCGAGGCUCCCUCCCCCUCUUACCCCCGCCCACGGCGUCCACGCCCUCGAGUCCCGGGGCCGCCGCUCAUUGUGCUGCGCCAGGCCCGCCAGCCCCGCCAGCCCCGCCGGCCCGAGGACUUCCCCGCGGCCUCUCUCCCUCCCGCCCCGAGCUCUCCCGUCCUUCCUGGGCCAUGGAUGGCGGGGAUCUGACGAGCUUCUUUCUUCUGGUAUCACUAACGGGCCUUUUACCAUGAGCAAUUCGACUCCAGCUACAGCUAAUGGGAAUGAUAACAAGAAAUUUAAAGGAGAUCGAUCUCCCUGCUCUCCUUCUCGUGUUCUCCAUCUUCGUAAAAUUCCAAAUGAUGUUACUGAAACAGAAGUCAUAUCAUUAGGUCUACCAUUUGGCAAAGUAACCAAUCUCUUGAUGUUGAAAGGAAAAAGCCAGGCAUUCUUAGAAAUGGCUUCUGAGGAAGCUGCUGUUACUAUGGUGAACUACUACACUCCAGUUACUCCUCACCUCCGAAGUCAACCUGUUUAUAUUCAGUAUUCUAAUCACAGAGAACUUAAGACUGACAAUCUACCUAAUCAAGCUAGAGCUCAAGCUGCAUUGCAAGCCGUGAAUGCUGUCCAGUCUGGAAGUCUGGCCCUCCCUGCAGCCCAAGGCAAUGAAGGUGGAGUUCUUCCUGGGCAAAGCCCUGUUCUUCGAAUAAUUGUGGAAAACCUCUUUUACCCUGUUUCUCUUGAAGUACUCUAUCAGAUUUUUUCCAAGUUUGGAACAGUCUUGAGGAUUAUCACCUUUACAAAGAACAAUCAAUUUCAGGCCUUGCUUCAGUAUGCUGACCCACUGAAUGCACAUUAUGCCAAAAUGGCUCUGGAUGGCCAGAACAUCUAUAAUGCAUGCUGCACUCUGCGAAUUGACUUCUCCAAGUUAACCAGCCUUAAUGUGAAGUAUAAUAAUGACAAAAGCAGAGAUUUCACUCGCCUUGACCUUCCUUCUGGUGAUGGCCAGCCAUCCAUUGAUCCUACUAUGGCUGCUGCUUUUGGUGCACCUGGUAUAAUUUCCUCACCGUAUGCAGGGGCUGCUGGAUUUGCCCCAGCCAUUGGAUUUCCUCAAGCUACAGGUCUUUCAGUUCCAGCUGUUCCUGGAGCUCUUGGUCCUUUAACCAUUACAACCUCUGCUGUCACUGGAAGAAUGGCAAUUCCUGGGGUUCCUGGUGUACCCGGAAAUUCUGUUCUACUUGUCAGCAACCUCAAUCCUGAUGCUAUCACACCACAUGGACUUUUUAUCCUGUUUGGAGUGUAUGGUGAUGUACAGCGUGUGAAGAUUAUGUUUAAUAAGAAAGAAAAUGCUUUGGUUCAGAUGGCAGAUGCAAAUCAAGCUCAACUAGCCAUAAACCACUUGAGUGGUCAGAGACUUUAUGGAAAGGUGCUUCGUGCUACUCUGUCGAAACAUCAGUCAGUCCAGCUUCCUCGUGAGGGCCAAGAAGACCAAGGUUUGACUAAGGAUUUUAGCAAUAGUCCUUUACAUCGUUUUAAGAAGCCUGGGUCUAAGAACUUCCAGAAUAUAUACCCACCAUCUGCCACCCUGCAUCUUUCAAACAUCCCACCUUCAGUUAUGGUUGAUGACCUGAAGAAUCUAUUUACAGAUGCUGGAUGUACAGUCAAAGCCUUCAAAUUCUUCCAGAAAGAUCGCAAAAUGGCACUUAUCCAGUUGGGAUCCGUGGAGGAAGCAAUUCAGGCACUUAUUGAGCUGCAUAAUCAUGAUCUUGGAGAAAAUCACCACCUCAGAGUUUCCUUCUCAAAGUCAACAAUUUGACUUUUCUGUGAACUUUCCUUUUAAGACUGGACCACAAUUUCAGUAAAACCUUCAGACAGAGACUGAAGCAGCUUAAGACGAAUUCUGCCUCUUUUACAAAAUAUUGAAUUAAACUCUCGCUGAGUUUGAUGUUUGAGUGUAUUCAUACACAGUAAAGAAUCAAGGGAUUACCUUUUUUUUUCCAUUAUUUUCUGUCAGUUUGUGGUAUAAAAGGUUUAUUAUUAUUUCUCCGCACCAGAGUUUCUGUGGAAAUAUCCUAUAAAAAAAGGAAUAUUUUUUUCAAUCAGGUGCCCUGUGUUUAAAUUCUCUUUCAGAGGACAGCCUUUUAGUUUUGGGUCCAAAUCAAGCUUACACAACAUUUCCAAAUUCCUUCAUGGUUUGAACUAUUUAAAAUAUCAGUACUUUUAAAUCAGUGUGUAAGCUAAAAUCCAUAUAUUUGUCUCUUAUUAGAAAGUGUGAUUCAUGGUCACUACUUUGUGACGUGAUAAUGAAUUCAAAGGCAAAUUGAAAGACUAAUGUCUCAGACAUGAAUUUCUUAAUGAAAAACAACUGAUCUUUUUCCUCAUUCAUUGGACUUUUAUGUUCUUAAUUUUAUUAUGAAAGUAAGAUUUUUGGAGAAAGGCAGUGCCUGACUCUCUUCCCCAAAUCAAGUUGGAUUGAGAUAGAAUCAAGACCUGUUUAUAAGAUUGUUUUUAUUGAGUAAAAAAAUCAUGUUUUAUCUGAAUUAACAAUGACAUUUCCCCCAUGAAAUGAUGUGUAUCUGAUUCUGGAAAAAUUAAAAGGAAAAAAUAGUCCUGAUUAAAAACUACUUUUUUACAUUUGUUUUCAGAUAAUAAAAAAGUUUACAGUCUUAAGGAAAAUAUUCAGGUCAAUCAUAUGGUUUGACAGAUUUUUUAAAAGUUAUUUUUGGUAAGGUCUUCUUUAAAAAAAAAAAAUUAAACCUCAAGGGUUUUUUGUACCACUAUAAUCUAAUACUUAAAUCAAAAUUACUGUGUAUUUACUUAAUUUCUUAUUAUGUGCCUUAUUAUGUGCUUAUAAUGAUACAAUAGCUUAGAGUUUUAUCUAAAGUAUCUUGAAAACUAUUGUGGGCUUGGUAAGAGAGAUUUUUUUUUUCUUUUUGAUCUUUAGGAUUUAAAAAGUUUUCAUUGUGAUUUUAAAAAUAAUUUUCAAUAAGUAGUAGUCUGAAUUCAAAUUUUUGGUGCUUUGGUGCAGAAAUGGGGUGGGGUAGGGUGGUUAUGGGAUUGGUAAUAACUAAGUGCAUACCCUGUAGGCCUCUUCAAAUUUGAUCUGGUAGCAAUUAGUGCCACUUAUGUAAUAUUUUAUUUUAUUUUUUUUUUUUUACUGUAAAGCAUGGUCCCAAUUUGUUGAUCUUGUGUACACCCAUCAGAAUUUGUCUCAGGAUUCCUUGUUUGUUUAUUUUUUCCCUCAGUACUAAAGAAAGAACUUGCUUUUCUUUGCUAAUAUAGCUUCAUUAUUAAGUGCCCACAUAUUUGGAGAGUAAGGGAGGAUUGGAUUGGGAAGGGGGGGAGGGGGAACUGUCUUCUCUUUAUUUUGUUGAAUGUAAGAGUGUGUUUUAAUGUUGCUUCAGUAAUUAUGUAAUGUGACAUUUGUUUCUAUAUAUUAAGCAACUUUUGGUUAACUAUUACUUUGAUGCUUGAUCAGAUUUUUAAAAGCAUUUUUCAUUUUUAAGAAGUCAUUUUUGUGUUAGCCCUUUUUACUUAUUUCAGGUUUUAAGAAUAGUCUCAGUAGUUGUGAUUCAUCUCAGUUAUUCAUUCAGCAUGUUUCCUUGCCAUUACGCCUGCCAUUAAUUUUAAUGUAGUGAUGAUCUUGUUAGAAAAACUAGAUAAAAUUUCUUAAUCUUUCUAAUAAAAUUCUGAGAUUGAAAGAAUUAUGAUAAUCAAGCAGAAACAAUUUAUUUAGUCAUUGAUGGUGAUUAAACUGGUAGAGUAGGAGGGAACAUGAAGUUACCAUAAAGAGGACCAUGUUAGCAUUCGUUGAAUAGGCAACCUUAAUCAUAUGAUCUGGUGUGCUUUUUUACCGUUUGGACUUUUUUAUGUAUCAUCUAUUGAAUGGUAGAAAAGACAAAUAAUUUUUUAGGUAAUAAGAAGUUUUUUGUGUUUUUUUAAAUCCACACAGUACUUAGAGUUUCUUUAUUCCAUGGCAUAUAUUAAUUGGAAUAUUUUGUAUUCCACUUUUGGUUAGAAAAUAUUGUACGACUUAGGAAACUUAUUCUCGUAAGAUAGUCAAGCUAAGUGCGGCAAAGAAAUACUGAUAGAAGAAGGCAGAUCAUAAUGGAGUUGAAUGUAAUUAUGAAGCAGGUCUUUAAAUCUGAGAGAACAUUUGAAUCCUUAUCAGGGACUUUGUGUAUAUAUGUGUAUGUAUGUAUAUGCGUAUAUAUUCAUACGUACACUAUUCUGAUAUUGUAUAUACAUAUGCACAUAACAUUUUAAUUUAUUGACAAAGAAAAUUAAUCUAAAUUAAGAUUUGGAAGAGACAUGUUGAUGUAUAAAAAUAGGGUGUUUGGAAAAAUUUGAUUUGUGUCUAAAAUUAGCCCACGUAUGUGGAUAUUAUCCAUUUUGGGGCUUGUUGUUUGAAUUAUAGAGGUCUACAGUUUAUGUGUUGGCACAGGUUUUGUAAAUGAAAAAAAUUGGGUGGUGGGAAAUCAAGAUCUGUGUGCUUUUUUAAUUUUGGCAUGCAUUUAUUCUCUAUCUUAUAAGCUUUUUUUUUAUUUUUGCUGUUGAUCUGUAGUGUUAAUUUUUGAAGUUUAUGUACUUUAUUUUUAAAGAAUAUUAAAUUACUUUUGGAGGUCUCUUGGCUUUUAGAUGAAGUGCAGAUGAAGAUUUCAAAAAUAGCAGUACAUUUAAAAUGCAAUUCUAUGGCUAUUUUAAGUUAGGUUGAAAUAUAAGUUCUUGUUUUCUUAGGAGAUUAAAAUAAUUCAUUGGUCUGCUUUAAAGAAAACAAGAGGAGAACAAAAUACAAAUCAAAAAAUUUUUUUCUGAUUAUUUUUCCCUACAAACAACUUGUUGGAGAAGAGCAGAAUGACCUGAUAGCUCUAUUGUGAAAGUCAGUAAAAUGUUGGUUGUUGAUAACUUUUUCAAGUUUACAAAUGACUGAAAUUGAGGUCAUAUUGUUUGAAGAAAUUUGGGCUUUUUAUGACGGUGCAGUUUUCCGAAAACUAAAUUGUAAAGUUAUUAAGAAUGUAUAUUCAGUAAAGGGAAUUUCCUCACUCCGAGUGAGAUGCUACAAUCCUGUAGCAAUGAAAUUGUAUCUGAUCCAAAAAGUGUGUCAGUGAUUCCAAAAAAAAGUUUUGCCUUUUUUAUAAAAAACUUGACUCCAUUUUAGUGUGUGUCUUUUAAAUGCAUGACUAACAAAUUCAGGUGAAAAAAUUAAAUAGAUUCAAGUAAUGUUCUUAUUUGAUAUAACAGUCUAGUGUCUUAAAUUUGAGUAAGAAUGGAAUAGUCCUAUAGAUCUUUAUUACUUAGAAAUGGUACUUGGAGAACACUUAUGAAGUAUUUUUAAAAAUCCAUGAUUUCAUAAGUGUGGGUACUCCCUCCAAUGAUGCAGGUCAUAAGUAUUAUGACCUGUGCCUUAGAAGUUGAGUUGGCAUUGUUGCCCUCCCCUGUUCUCUCCCUCCUCACCAAAAAAGAAAAGGAAAAAAAAAACACUUGGUGGCCAGUGAUGGAACUAAUCUUGAUUGGAUUUCAAAUGGCAGCUAUGCUGUAUGACCAUAAGUGUUUACUUGAAGCUGUCACAGCUUGGUAUUUAGAUCCAGAAUUUGUGUUUUCAUAUAUAUAACCUUAGAGAAUCCAAGAUCACGCCUAGAUCUUGAUGAAACAAUGGAAUAAGAAGGAUUUCAGUAAAGACUUGAAAAUUUUUUUAAAAAUGGAAUUUAGCUUAGUAUUACAAUUCCAUUUUUCUUCAGCAUUUUUAAUACCUUUUGCAUAUAAAUAGAAUAAAAGAAAAUUAAUUAAACCAUCUAAAAGAGCUAUCAUGAUUGAAAUACUAAUUAUUUUAGUCUUGAUGUUUCUGCUUUGACUUAAUAUUUUUAUUAUUUUAAAAGUUAAAAUUAGAAGUUGAAUCUCAAAGCUUUUGCAAUUUUAAUAUAAGUUCUCAUGAUUCACUCAUGAGUGUCUUUGCAUUAGCCCCAUUUUAUGUGCAAUGAUUUUAAAUGAUUUGAGCCUCUAUAUUUUAAAGAUGAAAGGCAGCCGUCACUGUUAACGUGCUGUAUUUACACAUUUUUUUUUUGCAACAAACUCAAAAUAUCAAUGUUUCUAAGGAAGAGUGUUACUUUAUAGUAGCAGUUUUGUUUUUAUACGUUUGUUAAGUUUAUCAUCUCAUCCUUGCUCUAAAUUUGACCAAAAGAUGCUGAGAAUAUGGACUACUCCCUAUGAGUAACACUUAAAAAGUUUGCCAAACUUUGAGUUCAUCUCCUGAAAUCCUUUCUGUGUACUGCUAUUUUUAAAACUAACAUAUGAGAAUAUACCUGUGCUUAAAGCCAUUUUUGUUUGCCUUUUCCUUUGUCUUGAUCUGUUGUUAUCUAGAAUAAAACUGCCAGACUUAAAAGUUUUACUGUUGUGCUGAAAGAAAUAUAAUUCAGAUUGCACAGGGGUUUUCCUUUAAGCAAAAAUUUACUCUGCUGUCUUUUAGAAUAUGUUUGUAAUAUACAAGACUAUUUGUAAUCUUUUUUUUCAGAGAAGAACUUCCUAGCAUAUUAGGAAUUAUGAAUUACUAGAAAAAAAAUUUGAAAAUAUACUAUUUGACUUGGGGGUUUUUUGUAAAGGGGGAAAAAACCAACAAAACCAGGACCAAAGUUUAUGUGCCUUCAGUAGUCUUAAUUGUCCUUUCCCUCCUAUUUCGCACUUAGUCAAAUUCCAUAAACUGUAUUAAUAUAGCUUUUUAAAAAAUGUUGGCCCACUGACUAUCCAUACAUGCAAAGAAUUGUGACUUCUUAAAUGAGGUCUCAGUUACUCCUUUGCCUUUACCAUAUUCAUUUUAUAGCAUUGUGCAGGAAUCUAGGAAUAGAGCUGCUUCAAAUCUUUGUGUAGUGGUCAUGGUAUCUUUUCUAAUUUGGGGCAUAUGGUCUAGUGGGAUAAUGGCCUAGUCCAGUGUCCUUGGAGAUGCUAGCUAUGCUCAGAAGCUUCUUUCCAACAAACUUAGAUCAGCACUGUAAACUUUUUUUUUUUUUUUUUAAGUUCUUGGAUUUCUGCAGUUUGUAAUAUUAGUGAAUAUUUAAAUAGUUACUUUCAUAUUGUCAUUUUAAUCACAUUCCAGUCUUCUGUUUGUUAUUAUUUUUUUUUAACAUUGUUACCCAAAUCCUUCAAAGGUUCAUCCCAAAUCCGUAGCAGCACAAAUCAUAAAGAUUGCUGACUAAGCAAGUUCUUGCAUCAGAAUGUCACCUCAUUGCUCUGACCAAAGACUGUUCUGGUUUUACUGAGACAUUCUGUUAAAUUUCCCCACUCUCCUCCAAGCUCCUUUCUGAAAGAAGACCCAAUGCAUAGUGGCCUUUUCUUUGUAUUUUCUAUUUGGUGAAUGGACCACUUAGUGAAAAAUGGGAGUUUAAAUGUGAACAGAAUGAUUUGGGUUAAAGGCAAGGGAUAAUGGAUUAUUUCAGUACUGUAUUCAAGAAAAAAAAAUAGCACAGCUAGGAGCCUCUGACAUUCUAUCGUGUUUUACAUGGUCUGUUCAUAAAAUUCCCUUUUUCAGUUUGUAAGAAUGUUCAUCUAACACAAGAAAAUGCUGUAAAUAUUUGUAACAACAUUUUUUUACCUGGCAAAAAAAAAAAAAAGGUUUUUGGGAACAAGUUAAAGUAUAAAGUGGUUUUAUAUAAAAACAUCAAUUGUCUUGUAUAUUUUGAUAAGCAACAGUACCAGCUUUCAUUUGUAAAGCAGUUUGUGGCAUUGGAGGAAAAAAAGGAUUCCAUGUCUGUUGAAAAUGACUUAUGUUAUAAAUGCAAAGAGAAGAUAAAAUAUUAAAGAAACAUAUUUUCUAAC